CUUUGUAGCUAUUUCCUAUCACGAAGUUAGUGAGCUAGCGCCCAGUUACCGCUACGCGGUGGCCGUUGGCCGUGUUUUCGAUGCUAAGCUGCGUAGUUAGCUGAAGCUAACGCAAUAUUAUUCAUCUUUUAUUCUGAGAUCGUUCGUGAUGCUUGUUGAGGGAGGUUGACGGGGGUGUCCUUGUUAGUCCGGGCUAUCGCUGUCAGCUAACGUUAGCUACCUGUGAUCUGUCAUCCAGGUUCACUUGGUAACGACGGCGAUAGCCACCUGUACUCUUUACAUUAGCUCAGCACAAAGUGGUUGGUAUCAGCUCACUUCACUCGAUGCCGCGGAAUGCACCUCUCCCUGAACCAAUCAGGCACAAAUUCCUUCCUGUUGCGGCAAACAACGCAUGUUUAUCCGUCACGAACAGCAAAGCUAUUCAAACCAGAUCAACCUGGAUGAUGUCAUUAAUCUCUAUCUACACUUUGUCCUCAGGCAUUGGUACAGCCAUGGCAGAUGAAAACACACAGUUCUGUGGCAAUUGCAAACACGACAUUCCAGAGGGUAAUUUUACAACCCAUGAGAUCCACUGUCAGAGGAACAUAGCCCUGUGUGGUGUGUGUCAGGAGCCGGUGCCCCGGACAGAACUGCUGGAUCACAUGCAGCAGGAGCAUACACAGAUUACAUGCAAGUGUGGUUUGAAGAUUGAGAAGAAUCACAUUGACGCUCACCAGAGCUCUGAAUGUCCUCAGCGUCUGGUCCCGUGCCAAUACUGUGAACUGGAGCUUGUUUCCAGUCAGUCCAAAGAGCACGAGGAUUAUUGCGGUACACGCACCGAGCCUUGCCCACACUGCAAGAGCAAUGUAAUGUUGAGGGAACAAGCCAUGCAUCCAGUCUUAUGUGGAAGCCUCACACCGCCCCAGGAGAGAAACAACAGCAGGAUGAGUCGCAGUCCACAAGAACCACAGUCUCCAGGGGCAUGGUUUGAAGCCCACUCCAUCCGAAACAUCAUAAGAGCACAAGAAAGAGGCUCCAAGAAUAACAACAUCAGUGCAGCGGAACAACAGGCCUUUCCCAGUGCAUUUGAUCCCAGUGUUUAUAACACUUCGAGGACUCCUCAAAGCACAGAAGACUGGAAGAAUGCUCCACCGCGAAACGCACCAUUUAGUCGCUUGCUGGGGCAGGCUGAUUUUCUGAAUAGCAGCUCCGCAUGGCCACAAAGUAAUCAGACACAUGACGAAGAUUCAUCAGGCCUGGACUACAUGUUGGCUCUCAGCCUGCAGAGUGAUGGGGGAUCUGUGGCUGGAGGUAUAGAGAGCAACCUGUGGAGUGAUAUUUGGGACCACAAGACUUCGAACACCUCCGUAAACUCUGCACUCUCUCUGCCCAACAACAACUACCCACACUACACUUCAGUGACAAGCACAAGUUCAGUCCAGGAUCAUGAUCAAACAGAUGCCAUGCUGCCUUGUGAGUUUUGCGAAGUGCUAUUUCCAGAGGAUGACCUCAUUUUGCAUCAGACUGGGUGCAGCCCUGCCUCUGCUUUUGCGUCUUUCAGCAAACAGCCCCCUUCUCCAGUGAAAGAGGACAGGAUGGGCAGAAACGCAUCAGGGCUAAUGCACAGUGUCCCUGACACACUUGCCUCAAACAUCCCCACGUUCCCUCGAUCGGUCUCCCCGGCCUCUUGCAGUCCUCCAGCCAGUCCACUAGAGGGUGAUGUGGUCAUUCCAUGUGAAUUCUGUGGAGUUGCUCUUGAAGAAGCUAUCAUUUUUCACCAUCAGGACAAAUGUGACAUGCGCCCUCAAACUGCCAAUCCACUGAAUAAUAUAACAAAAGCAUCUAUCAGAAAACCACUGAGCCCUGCUAAAUACACCUUUGAGCAGAUGUCAGUCAAGCACCAAGCAAACUUCUUGGAUGAGGACUUUGCAUUGGACAGAGACAACACACAAGGAAACAAUCCAAGGGAAUGGCAGAGAGGCUACAUUGGACUCCCGAGUCAAAGGAAGACGUCCAACAGUGAUGUUUCUGUGAAAAACCGACCUUGGCAGGACCGGGAGGCAGAGCAGGCUCAUUCGUCUUUCUGUAACCCUGACAGUUCAGAGUCUGCAUCUCUAAAUAGACCUCAUCUACCAGAAAAUACAGAAGGGAGAGGGAACAGAAGUAAUCCAAGCACAAAGUUGCCCAAGAAGCAGAAUGAAGAGCAGCAGGAAGAGUGACGGAAGCAAGAACAUGUGGAGAAAUAGUAAAACCAAAUCUCCUACUGCUUGUCAUUUGUCUUUUUGCUAGAGCCCGACAGAUAUGGAUUUUGGGGGGGCGGAUAUCGAUAUUAGGGAGUACAAGAUUUCCGAUAGCGAUACAUCGGCCAAUAUAUAUAUAUUCAUCUGUUAAUGAU